ACAUACAUGGAUGCAAGGCUACCAAAAGUACAAGUACAGCAUCUGCAUCAUAUUCCAAUGGUCUCAUCUUCAAAAAACUAAUUGCUAUUCUAAAUUGCAUGAAGUGGGGCCAUUUUCACCUUUUCCCAUCCUAUAAAACACCUCUUUCCCACAAGCUUCCCUCUGCCUCAAAUUACUGACUUCUUCCACCUGACCCGAAACCCUAUCCCUGCAUAAAUCACUAAGAAAAGAUUGAAGCCAUGCAGCCAAGUGAGCUUGCAGAACUUCAUUAUCUAGUUCCUCCGUAUUCAAAUCCACAUCCACUUAAUUUUAGUGCGAUGCAGAACAACACACCAAUUUUUCAUCAAUUUAACAGAUCGUCUAACCCUUUACACCAUCUUCACUUCACUCCUCAGGUUCAAGAAUUCAACCCACAACCAACAUGCUUCAGCAGCAACUCCACCUCAGAUGAAGCAGAUGAGCAACAACAAAGCAUCAUUAAUGAGAGGAAGCAGAGAAGAAUGAUAUCCAAUAGAGAAUCUGCACGUCGAUCACGCAUGCGCAAGCAGAAGCACCUGGAUGAGUUGUGGUCACAGGUUAUUUGGCUCAGAAAUGAGAAUCAACAACUUAUAAAUAAACUAAACGAUGUUUCUGAAUCCCACGACAGAAUCGUUCUAGAGAACGAACAGCUCAAAGAAGAAGGUUCAAAACUUCGUCAGAUGAUCACAGAGAUGCAACUCAGUAGUCCCUACUCUACUUUGGGAGAUCUGGAUGGCAAUAAUUAAAACAUGGUUUGCCUCAGAAAGUCAGAUACAAGUUCCACGAGUUUGCCUCUUUGAGUUGAAGGGUGGUUGCAUUUCUUCAUGUAUCAAAUUUCUAAGCCCAUCCAUAAUUGCCUUUAUUUAAGCCAUAUGAGUUUCAGAGGACAAAAACUGCAAUAACAUCUUUUAUGCCUGCUAUUUUAUUCUUAGCCUAAUUAUUAUGUCACAUAUUUAUUUUAAG